AUGACCCUCGUAUUGGUCGCUGCCGUACUGUUACUCUGUCUACAAAAUGGAAUUGCUAAUUCUUUUUCAAGGUUUCUUCUACCACUCGAUGACUCGGUCAACGUGCUCUCCGCAACUGCUUCAAAUCAAUGCCUAUCUGAUGUCUCACUUUUUACCGGAAGUUUACAAACUUAUGUGACAACACUUAGACAAUGUCAACAAAACGGACAGUGUACCGAGCAGCAACAAAGAAUUCUUCAGGAAAAUUUAUAUGCUGCGAAACAGUUUGAUGCUUUCGGAAAAAUUCCGCCAGGAGUUCUGGAAGUAACACUCAUCAAUCCCGGUUCCUACAGGGAAUGUAUGAAAUUGGAUGCUCCGUAUAAGGUGCAUUAUUGUUAUGCACGAGGGGUGUGGAACAACCAGGCCGGUAAUCCAGUAGCAGAGCUAGGUGUGCGGGUAGGCGUUUGCAUGCCAAGAAGUUGCAGCGAAAAGGACAUCCCAAAAUUACUGGGCACCGUUGAAGCCGGUGGCGUUAUAACGGUAAACUUUGUUGAUUCCUCAUGUGUUCCAACAAACGUUACGCCAACGACAGGAUUCUGGAUCUUCAUGAGUUUGAUGGGAUUUUUUGUUAUAUGGGCAAUUGCUUCCACAGUUGUUGAUUAUAUUUUGGAUGUAUACUAUGUGGAGAAAAAAGAGAUAAAAAAUAAAGCAAUGGAUGCAUUUCUGGCAUUUUCACUCUACAGUAAUGGUUCCUUACUGCUAAACGUCAAUCCUCCUAAGGAAGGAAACAUUAAAUCACUUGCAUCGAUUCGAUUCCUAUCGAUGACAUGGGUAGCAUCUGGUCAUACAUUAUUGGAGAACUCAUUUAGCGAAUCUCUUCUUCCCGUUCUCACAAUGUGGGACCCUCUACUGUCGACAACAAUUUUAAAUGCUUUUCUCUCCGUGGAUACGUUCUUUUUAUUAUCUGGUGUGCUUGUGUCUUAUUUAUUUUUCAAAGCACGACCAUCUUUGAGAUAUGUGAAGAAUCCGAUAAAUUGGAUAAUGUUCUACGUUCAUCGAUACUUAAGACUCACACCAUCAAUGAUGUUUUUUAUUGGAUUCUAUACUGUCGUGCUUCCAUUUGUUAAUGGACCGUAUACAGCUGCGUUAACAGAAUAUGUUGGUUCGAUUGAAACUAGAGUGGAAGCAUGUGAGAAGAAUUGGUGGCGUAAUAUGCUCUAUAUUAAUAAUUUCUACGUCCGAGGAGGAACAACAAAAGCAUGUUAUAAUAUUCUUUGGUAUCUGGCGCUUGAUACACAAUUUUAUUUUAUCGCUCCAAUUUUUCUUAUCGCGUUCUACUUUUAUCCCUUAAUUGGCGGUGCUCUGAUCCUAUUAUGCAGCGGCGUGAGUAUAUGGUAUGUUUAUGCGGUUACGAGCCGUUACGACCUUCCGGCAACGAUUAUAGGAGUGUUCACACUUUUUACUGGUAAAAUCGAUGAAUUCUUCUCUGAGUACUACGAGAUACCGUGGGCACGAUGGAAUCCAUAUUUGAUUGGAAUCAUUGUUGGUUAUCUGCUUGCGAAACUGAACGAGCGGAGGCCGAAGCUUAAUUGGCUGGUGGUUAUAUCAAGUUGGCUUGCGGCCACUGCUGUCGCUCUACUAUCUCUGUAUGGUCCUCACGAUUACAUGAAAGGAGACAACAACUGGAAUAAGAUGGUCCGAGGAACCUAUAACAAUUUCUCAAGGAUUGGAUGGUCCUUAGCGGUUUCAUGGGUAAUUGUGGCAAAUCACCUUGGAUGGGGAGGUCCCAUUGCCACAUUUAUGGAACAUCCAGCAUGGCAACCGCUUGGUCGACUAUCCUAUUGUGCGUACAUUGUCCAUAGUUUCGUUAUUCAUUACGUUUUUAAUCUCGAUGAUCGACCACCACAUUAUGUUUCAAUUUGGCAAACGUACGUUACGCGUGUGGUUCCGGUCGUUGUGCUUUCCUAUAUCUUCGCAUUCGUCUGGAGCUGUCUUUUCGAAGUUCCUUUCAUAAAGUUGGAAAAAUUGCUACUGGGAGGUUUUGGACCACAGAGGAAACCCCGAACAAUCAAACCAGAAACGAUUCAGGAUGAGAACUAUGAAAAAAAUGGAAAAUAUGAUUUAACACAUACAGAUAGAUUGUAA